AUGCUUUAUUAGGCUAAGCGUUUAUGGCGUGAACGGUUGUUGCGAAAAGCUGUCGUUUGCAUGUGAAGAGUUUGCUUAUAACUUUUGUAACUAUACCUUUUCAGCACCAUAACUGUUAUACACACAUGAGAUUUAUCUGAGCUGAACUGAGCGACGGGUAAUAGUCCUGAAACCGGAUAACGGAACAUAAUUUCACUGAAGGAGGAUGUCUGAGCUGAGCGACGAGGCGAGCAGUGAGUCGGAUCAGUUGGGCGCGAGUCUGUCCGUGUGGCUGGCCGAAGGAGGCGGCGCUCUGAUCGGCCCGGAGGAGCUGGACGUGCCGCUGGAUCUUCACACCGCCUGCUCCAUCGGACAGUAUGAUGUGGUGGCCGAGUGCAUCCGCAGGGGAGAUGUGGAUCUGGAUGGGAAGAACAUCGGCGGCUGGACUCCUCUGAUGUACGCUGCAUACAUCGGUCACGAUAACAUCACCAACCUGCUGCUGGAGACGGGCGUCAGCGCCAACACCACCACGUCCAAAGGACUCACGCCGCUGAUGCUCGCCGCCAGCUGCGGGAACGAGAGCAUCGCCUACUUCCUGCUGCAGCAAGGGGCGCAGCUGGAAGGCAGGGACGCGCGCGGCUGGACGGCUCUGCUGCACAGCACCGCUACCGGACAUCAGCAGAUGGUCAAAUUCUUACUAGAGCACCACGCCAACGCCAAUAUCAAAGAGCCGCUGUCAGGAUUCACCCCGCUCAUGGAAGCUGCUGCGUCCGGCCAUGAAAUCAUCGUUCAGUGCCUGCUCAACCAUGGCGUGCGAACGGAGGAGAGGAACGUGAAUGGAGAAACGGCCAGAGCUCUGGCUAUGAUGUACGGACACACUAAAAUCGCCAGCCUCAUCGACGUGCACGUCUUGAGAGCCAAGUCAGCUCUGCAUGAGGAGCUGAGCUCGUCUGAAGAAGAGAGCGCGUCCCCUAGGGUCCGGCCGGCUCGCAGCAGAACCAGAGGACCCAGCAUUCACGACGGCCCCCAAGCCAUCGCACGCGUCCGAGUCGGCUCCAAACACGAGGUUCCUGAGGCUCCGCCUGGAUACGUCACCUUUCGGGACGUUGGCGAUCCGAGCGAGGGAAUCUGCAAUCGUGAUGUCACUUCCCCUAUCAAUGAGCUCGACGGCCAGAGCAACAGCAGCAGAGACGAGCUGUUCUUCGACCACGACAUGCCCACCGUGAGAAGCAGCAGCAGCAGCAGCGAGGGUCUGUCUCAUCUCCUCGGACUCAGCAGGGAGGCGUCGCUCGAGAGCAACGAGGACUCCGAUCAAGCCAAGAGGAGUUGUCCGCGCCGAUCCAAUAAACACCAGCACUCCAAAGGCAGGAGUCCCGGGAACAGCAGCAGCAGCAGCAGCGGCGCAGGUCACCGCGAGGCUCCGUCUUCCUCUGGACAUCCCCCUUCAUACACGGGACCCAAGGAUCUGGCAGAGUUCCUCGAGCAGAUCGGGUUCCGUAAGUACCUUCCACUGCUGGAGGAGCAAGACAUCGAUCUGAGGAUCUUCCUCACGCUUACUGAGAACGACCUCAAGGAAGUUGGCGUCACUCUGUUUGGUCCUAAGAGGAAGAUGACCUCAGCAAUAGCCCGUUGGCAUAGUAACGCACGGCCGCCCCGUGAUGCGUUAGAGCAGGCGUACGCAGACCAGCUGGAGGCAGAGAUGCAGGAAAUGGCCAUUCAGCUUCAUAAGGUGCUGACAUCGUCAUCUCAUAGCACUCGUCUUCAUGUGAGGAGGACUGUACCAAACAACUGCCAUCGCUGUGUGGAGGUGAAGUCUCUGCAGGGUCAGGUGACCCAGGAGAAGGAGCUGCGUGCCGUGAUGGAGGGAUGUCUGAUGGAGGAGAAGAUGGCGUGGAAGAGCGUUCAGACGGAGCUGCAGGAGAACAGCAAGCGCGUUGAGAACCUGAGCGGGAAACUUCUUGCUCUGCGCAGCAGUCUGACGCAGGAGGACGCUCGAGGUGAUGGCUUGAUGCGCUCUCAGCGGCUGUGUGAGAUGGAGUCUCAUAUAUCGGAGCUCGCUGACGGCCUGCAGGAAAUCCUCCACAGUCUGCAGCAUCUCAGUGCUUCAGAGAAACGCUCACACGACUGGGAAGAGUCCUAAGGGCUGGCUGAACGUCAUUUGGCUCUUGUUUUUACCGACGGAGGGUGAUGAACCACCCUGAACGCAGACGGCAGACAGGAACGGGCCCCGAGAGACGAGACGAGACGAGACGAGACGCUCCGGCGCGAUGGGGACGGAAACGACAAGCGGGCGAAGAGCAUCUCUCGCCUGUGCUCCGGUUACGUGGUACAUUCACCACGAGAACCGACCGAUCACAGUCAGACAGGGCGGAGCCGAAGGGUUGGAACUUCCUGUGAGGAGUUGAAAGCACACAGAAACACACGCGUGCACACCGCGAGCGUAAACGGUGUUUAAUGCUGUACAACGAAUCAGACCUCUUAUUAGAUUUAAAGCAUUUUAAGCAGUUUCUUGCAUCAAUCAAACGAUCCUCAGAUGAUCCUUUUUUUCUCAAUCGUUAGUCAAAUCAUCUUUUCUUAGAUAUCGUGCGUGUUAUAAAUACACUUUCAUGUGUCAAAAUCGCUGUUACGCGACCUGCUACAUUCAGUUCAUGCUAAUAGUUUUAUUGAUGUGACUUUAAGGGAAACUGUACGGCCAAAGAUGGGCAUAUAUGCAAAACAAAACAAUAGUAUAUUAUUAUUGUUACCAAUUAGAACAUUUUAGCAUAAUAUUUAGUUCAGUCUGAUGAGGGGGAAAAAAAAAAGACAAAUUAAUUUUGCUGGUGUUUUAUGGUUAAGAUUUUAUGUCCAGGUUUAUAAUCAUAAUGUUGGAGCUACUGUUAAUUUAUUAUUUUCAAAUGUUCGGUGGUGUUGUUUUUUAAAUGUUAAUCUUUUAAGGUCUGGAAAUAAAGCAUUUUAAAGCGU